CCAGUCUGUGCCUGCUGGUGCUGCGCCGGUUUGCGGAGGGCGACGAUGAUGCGCGAGGGCCAUGGCCAUGUCGUUGUCAAAGCCGAAGCAAACCGAGAUGCCAGGAGGCUGUUGCGCAAGCCCUUGUUCUCCGCAUUUUCCAUUUCACUUCUAAAGCGCUGGCUAAUGCGGCCUAUAACAAGCCAUCGCUUGGGGUUUAAGGUUGCGCCGCAUGGCUUGAAGCCUCGUCGCUCGCUGCUCGAGGGAGCCGCAAUCAGUCAGCCAUUCUCUCUUGGGACUAGCCUGCGCUCAUGUGAUCCACUUAGAAUCCACUUCAACCUUCAUCGCAAUAACACUUGGGGGCAUCAGGCACUCACCAGGUGGAACGAUGUUCCCCGUUGUUUAGAUAGAGCUAGCCUCGACAUUGACUCCGUCAUCGCUGCAUCCCAGAGCAAUUGAUAACAAGUCUAAACAGUAGUCGCCAAUUGCCAUCAUGUCCGAAUGUAUACAUCCAUGGAGCACAUCGUCAUAUGUAUCCAAAUACGAAGGCAGUCCCAAAACACGGUUUCCCAAGUAGAAACACCGCCAUCUCUUAUGCUCAACGUCGGUCUUAUCUAUGUUUGAGCCUCGUUGUUCUCCACCGAUUCUCCCUAUGAGCGCCAUUGUUCCAAGAUAGCAUAUAUUGUCUCCUCUAUACUGCAAGCCUGCUUAUCAUUAGAGCGUCAUACAUGCUGAUUCCGUGUACCGUAGAUAUCAACUGUUUCAAAAGCUAGCUUAUUUCGACUCUUGCUCAAUCAUCUGUGUUGAUAUCUGUGAGAUAAACCUCUAACGUGUUCGGGAAGGAUACCGCCUCCCAACAGAAAAAAGUACAACUCAGAACCCUACACUCCGAGAAGUGCUUCCAUACCGAUCCUAAACAUCAUGAACAAAACACCAAUAACAGCGACAAUAAAAAAGUAGAUAAAACAGCAACAAAAGCAUUCCACCCCCAACGCCCCCAGAAAACAACAUCGCCACCACAGUCACCUGCCCAUCCACACAACUAAAGCGCAGUGGCCUAGGCCCCCUUCCCCCCUUCAAGUGGCACGCGACCCAAACUCCCCCAUCCCCUUCAAACUAAACACCUCCUCAGAGCGCCAGCGCUCCAAGGCCAACAUACAUAUCAAGCCAUGACCCUUUCACGUCAGUUGACAGGGACCACGCAUGUACAACAUCCCAAGCGCGUUUUG